CACUUACUCCUUCACUUGUAUUUAUUUUCCAUUUCUAUCAUUUUGUAUUUUUUUCUCUCUCAUUUGUUCCUUUUCCUUUUUCCUUCACAUGCAUCUGCUAUCUCUACGAUCCCUUCCCAUGGUCUCCUCCGUGCACCCUCACCGCGCUUUCUAGAACCUUCUCGAACCCAACCAACCCAAUCGCUUAGAUCUCAAUUGGGUUUCAUGGAAAUGGCUUCCAGCCCCCGCACCGUUGAAGAGAUCUUCAAAGAUUACAGUGCUCGAAGAGUUGCUAUCGUUCGUGCUUUAUCUCAAGAUGUUGAUGAAUUCUAUGGACUCUGUGAUCCAGAUAAGGAGAACUUGUGCCUCUAUGGACAUCCAAAUGAAACAUGGGAAGUGACUCUGCCAGCAGAAGAAGUUCCCCCGGAGCUUCCAGAGCCGGCUCUUGGAAUCAAUUUUGCAAGGGAUGGCAUGAACCGCAGGGACUGGCUUUCUCUGGUUGCUGUGCAUAGUGAUUCGUGGUUGCUUUCUGUGGCCUUUUAUCUUGGAGCUCGUCUUAACCGCAAUGAAAGGAAACGUUUAUUUAGCUUGAUCAAUGAUCUUCCUACCGUUUUUGAAGUUGUGACUGAGAGGAAGCCAAUAAAGGAUAAGCCCACUGCAGAUAGUGGAAGCAAAUCUCGGGGCAGCACCAAGAGAUCAAGUGAUGGGCAAGUUAAAAGCAAUCCAAAGUUCGUAGAAGAAGGUUUCGAGGAGGAGGAGGAUGAGCAUAGUGAAACCCUUUGUGGGAGCUGUGGGGGAAAUUACAAUGCAGAUGAGUUUUGGAUUGGCUGUGACAUAUGUGAGAGGUGGUUCCAUGGGAAAUGCGUGAAGAUUACUCCUGCAAAGGCUGAGAGCAUAAAGCAAUACAAGUGCCCAUCAUGCAGCAUGAAGCGUGCCAGGCCCUAAAGCCAAAGGCAAUAUGUCACUGAAUAAUAAUACUGUGUCGUGGCUGACAAGAUACCUUAAUAUUGUUACAUCUCUUUUAGAAGAUCUUGUAAUGGGUAUAGUAUCUAUGUCUAGUGGGUUAUCUUUCAGAGAUUAAGUUAAUUUCUUCUACCAAGAUGAAUCCUAAAUGUAUGUUAUAUAAUUUAUAGAAUAGAAUACCAUACAUUCUAAUUUGUCAA